UCACCCCAUUCGGAUAUUGUGAAGCUGUUCGUCACGAUGGGUGUUCUUUGUUAUUUGACCGAAAAUAAAUUUUCAUUGUGGCCGCUGGUUCUCUGCAUCAGCGUCGCAGAAAUGGCUGUCGGUCAGGUCCGUUAUUCUAUACCAGAGGAGAUGGCAAUGGGAUCUGUUGUCGGGAAUAUAAUUCAAGAUCUAGGUUUGGAUAUUAAGCGACUGAAAUCUGGGCGGGCUAGGAUAUUUACCGAGGACGGCAGUGAGUACAUUGGUCUGAAUGCAGAUAAAGGGACUUUGGUAGUGGCUAAAAGGAUAGACAGAGAAGAAUUGUGCAAGCAAGUGUCUCCGUGUUCUCUUCAUUUUCAAAUAAUCCUUGAAAAUCCUAUGGAGCUACACAGAAUCGAUGUAGAGAUUUUAGAUAUCAAUGAUAACGCUCCGUAUUUUUCUAAGAAGGAAUACAAUUUCCAGGUUAUUGAAUCUGCCUCACCGGGGGCUCGUUAUUCUUUAGAGAGUGCCAGUGAUCCCGAUGUAGCAAUGAACACCAUUCAAACAUACAAACUCAAUCCUACAGCUAAUUUCAAAUUGAACGUUGUAUCUCUGCCUGAUCGAACAAAAUAUAUUGAAAUGGUUCUUCACACGUCUCUUGACAGAGAAAAACAAGAAGAGCAUAAAUUAACUCUGACAGCAUUUGACGGCGGUGAUCCUCAAAAAUCGGGUUCAGUCAAAAUAAACGUCAUUGUUCUGGACGCAAACGACAAUGCGCCAGUAUUCAGCCAGUCUGUUUACAGGGUUACGGUUCCUGAAAACGCACCGAAGGGCACUGUUAUUUUAACAGUCAGCGCCACUGAUAAUGAUAAGGGAACAAAUGAAGAGGUAACAUUUUCGUUCUCACAGCAUACCAGUAGGGCAUCAUCCCUGUUUCUUAUAGACCCCCACAACGGGGAAAUGGCUGUAACUGGUGUUUUAGAUUACGAAAAAGCUAAACAUUAUGAAAUAGAUAUUGAAGCCACAGACAAAGGAGGGCUUACGGACACAAGCAAGGUGUUAAUUGACGUGACCGACCAAAAUGAUAAUGCCCCUGUAGUUAGCAUUAUUUCCUUCUCCAAUCCCAUACCGGAAGAUUCGCCUCUAAAUACCGUCAUAGCAAUGCUCAACAUCAAAGACUUGGACUCAGGUAAAAAUAGUCAAGUUAGGUGUUAUAUUAGCCCAAAUUUGCCUUUCAAAAUCAAGUCCUCAGCACCUAAUUUUUAUAGUUUGAUAUCUGAUGAUGUUUUGGACCGUGAAACAGUGCCAGAAUAUAAUAUAACAAUAACCGCAGUAGAUGGGGGUUUCCCACCUUUCUCCACAAACAAGACUAUUAAUUUAAAAAUAUCGGACGUAAAUGACCACGCCCCGACGUUCCCGCAACAAUUUUUAACCGCUUUUGUCACUGAAAAUAAUUCACCUGGUAUGCCACUCCUCACUGUCAAAGCUAGCGACAUGGACUAUGGUAGUAAUGCGCGCAUUUCCUAUUUUCUUGAGGAUAAUCAACUGAAUGGCAUGUCAGCCUCUGCUUAUUUUUCAGUGAAUGCAGAGAGAGGAGAGAUACUUGCUGUGCGUUCCUUUGACUAUGAACAAACAAAAGAGUUCCAGUUUCGCGUCAAAGCGCAGGAUGGAGGCUCUCCUCCACUCAGCAGCAAUGUAACUAUAAAAAUAAUGGUCCAGGAUCAAAACGACAAUGCCCCUCAGGUUCUGUACCCAGUCCAGACUGGUGGCUCUCUGGUGGCUGAAAUGGUGCCUCGUUCAGCAGAUGUGGGCUAUCUGGUAACUAAAGUGGUGGCUGUUGAUGUGGACUCUGGACAGAACGCCUGGCUCUCCUAUAAACUGCAGAAAGCCACAGACAGGGCCCUGUUUGAAGUGGGCUUACAGAAUGGAGAAAUAAGAACUAUCCGCCAAGUCACUGAUAAAGAUGCCAUGAAACAAAGACUGACUGUUACAGUGGAGGACAGCGGGCAGCCCUCUCGUUCAUCUACAGUCACAGUUAACGUGGCGGUGGCGGACAGCUUCCCUGAAGUGCUGUCGGAGUUCACUGACUAUACACACGACAAGGAGUACAAUGACAACCUAACUUUUUACUUAGUCUUGGCUCUGGCUGUAGUUUCCUUCCUUUUCAUUACGUGUUUAGUCGUUAUUAUAUCUGUGAAAGUCUACAGGUGGAGACGUGAGCGGUUUUUUUUACAAAUCCAGCGGGAAUCUUCCUGUUAUUCCAUAUUACCCGCCCCUUUACGCAGACGUAGGGGGCACCGGUACGCUGAAGCAGGGGUUCAGUUAUGAGGUCUACGGAACUACUGACUCUCGGAUGAGUGAUAUUAAGAACUCCAGACCCUUCAGCCAAAGCACACUGAGUAUUGACCAAAGUGCUACCAGGACAGUUCAAAGGCAUAAAACAGAGUCAGAGAAUAUACCC